AUGCUGCUAGCCCCAGUGGAGGUGAGACAACACGGAAUUCAAUGUCGCAGCUCGUCUUUUACAGGGGCAGUGAAAGAUUGUACAGGGGCAGUGAAACAUUGCGGGAGCACAAAGCAGUGGCACGUAGCACUGGAUUUGUUCCGUCAGUUGGCGGAGUCAGACGCAGAGAUACGCCCACAAUAUUUCAAUGUUGUCAUCAGUAUUUGUGGGAAAAGCACGGAGUGGCAGCGUGCUUUGUGGCUUCUCGGCGAAAUGGAGGAGUCGCAGGUGGAGCCGGAUGCAUUCAGCUACAGUGCUGCACUCAGUGCGGUUGGGAAGGGCGCGCAGUGGCAGCAAGCAUUUCGGUUGAUAAGCCAGAUGAAAGGAACACAGGUGGAAGCCAAUUGCAUCAUAUACAAUGCUGGGCUCAACGCGUGCGUGAAAGACGGGCGAUGGCAGCUCGCGUUCAUACUGUUCAGCGAGAUGGUGGAGGCACGGAUGAAGCUUGACAGUAUCAGUUAUAAUACUGGAAUCAGUGCGUGCGCGAAUGGCGGAGAAUGGCAGUUGGCAUUGUCUUUGCUCGAAGAGAUGCGUACAACAAUGGUGCAGGCAUGCGUCAUCAGCUGCAGUGCUGCAAUGAGUGCAUGUGAGAAGGGCGGGGAGUGGCAGACGGCAUUGUCGUUGUUUAGCGAGUUCUCGGAAGCGGCACUAGACCACGACGUUCUCAGCUGCAGUGUUGGAAUUAGUGCAUGUGGGAAGAGUGGGCAUUGGCAGCAUGCGCUGUGUUUGCUUUGCGAUUUGAGGGAGGCUAAGUUGGAGCCGAAUACGAUCAGCUACAACUCUGGAAUCAGCGCGUGCGAGAAAGGUGGGCAGUGGGAGCAGGCGCUACGUUUGUUGUGCGAGAUGGGGGAGCUGAGUAUCGAGCCAAGCGCCAUCACUUACAAUGCUGCAAUAAGUGCGCUUGGAAGUUGCGCGCAAUGGCAGAAAGGGCUGUUGAUACUAGACGGGAUUUUAAUGUUGAAGCUAAGGCCAGACGACACCAGUUUCACUGCCGCCAUCACUGCGUGCGCGAACGGCGGACACUGGCAGCAGUCACUGCUGCUGCUCAGUGGGAUGCCCAAACUGAAAAUCGAGCCGUCUACGAUUAGCUUCAAUGUUGGGAUAAGUGCGUGCGCAGACGGUGGACAGUGGCAGCAGGCGCUGUCGCUGCUUAGACACAUGGGCGAAGCUUAUAUGGAGCUGACAACUAUCAGCUUCAAUUCUGGAAUGACGGCGUGUGAAAAGGGUGGGCAGUGGCAGCAGGCUUUCUGGUUGCUCAGCGAGUUGAGGGAGACCAAGCUGCAACCAGACGCCAUCAGUUUCAAUGCGGUGAUCAGCUCUUGCAGGAUAUGCGGGGUUUGGUGGCGUGCGCUGCAGCUACUGGGCGAAAUGGGGCAAGCGAUCGUGGAGCCAGAUGUUACCUGCUACAAUGCAGCCAUCACCGCAUGCGAGAAAAGCUACAUGUGGGAGCAAGCGCUGUUGUUGCUGAAUGGAAUGUGGCAGACGAAUUCGGAGCCCAACCUCAUCAGCUACAAUGCUGGGAUCAGCGCCUGCGAGAAAGCUGGGCAGUGGCAGCAUGCAUUGUGCUUGUACAGCAGGAUGAGAAGCAUGACAUUGGAUCCAGAUCUAAUCAGCUACAAUGCAGGAGCUAUCGCAUGCGAAAAAAGUUCCAAGUGGCAGCACGUGUUGUGCUUACUUGGCGAGUUAAGGGAGGCCAACUUGCAGCCAGCUGCUUUCUUCAGCUACAGCGUUGGGAUCAGCGCGUGCUGCAACGCCGAGCAGUGGUAG